AUGAAAUGGAAUUACAACGACUGGAUGAAUCAGAAAUUGAAAGUAGGAAAAAGAAAGAUUGAAUCCGAUAGCUGCUCAAAUGAAUCCAGCAGUGACAAUGAAGAACCAGAAAUCGGACUGCUUGUCAAGAAAUUUAAGAAAUUUCUGAAGAAGAAAGAUAACAAAUUCAGAAAACCAUCCAGCUCCAAGACUAGCGACAACAAGCAAAUUACAUGUUAUGAAUGUGGGAAGACUGGUCACAUAAAGUCAGAAUGCUACAAAUUGCAGAACAAAAAUAAAGCUGCAAAAUCAAAAGGCAAAGAACCAGUCACCAAAACAAAGAAGGCGUAUAUUGCUUGGAACGAUAAUGAUGAAUCCUCUGCCUCUUCGGAUGAAGAAGAAGCCAAUAUGUGUCUCAUGGCAAAUUCAGAUUCAGAAUCGGAAAAAGAGGUGUGCUUGACAUCCACUAAGCACUCAUGGUAUUUGGAUAGCGGAUGUUCGAAGCACAUGACAGGGGACAAAUCCAAAUUUCUGUCCUUGACAUUAAAGGAAGGAGGUUUUGUCAAAUAUGGAGACAACAAUAGAGGAAAAAUUAUUGGAAUUGGUGAUAUAGGCAAUGAGUCAACAACAGUGAUUAAGAAUUUUGUUCAUUCUAUCUACACUCUACCUACAUUCUAUCUUUUUUGUUUUGCGAUCAUGGCUCGUGUGAAACAAACCCAGCCACAUACACCUUCACCUUCUUCAUCUUCAACAAGUGAAACUCCUUCACCCCCACCAACUCUAACAAAGAGAGUUCCGAUUCCAACUCACAAGAUUCUUGCCAAAGACAAGGGCAAGGCUCCUGCUCCUAUUCAAGAAAAGAUCAAGAAACGUAAGGAACCUCCCACUGAGAAAUUAAUGGCUGAUGCAAUGAAGGAGAUUACUCAAAAGCGAAAGAAGCUUGAAUAUCCAGAUUCGUGA